AUGGAGGUUGGGGCAGUCGCCGCUAUGAGGUAUGUGAAGGAUGGCAUUAGAGCUGCAAAGUUGGUCUUGGAACACACUGAGCACAGCUUUAUUGUGGGGGAGCAAGCCUCGGUCUUUGCCAUUUCAAUGGGCCUUCCUGGGCCGACAGACCUUAGCUCACCAGAGUCCAUUGCACAGUGGAACAAAUGGAGGAUGAGCGCAUGCCAACCAAAUUUCCGAAAGAAUGUUCUCCCCACAAAUGGAUGCGGCCCAUAUCGCCCAAGUGAUUCUGGAGAUGCAGUAAUUGAAUCUCCUGCAUAUGUUGACGUAGAGAGGUGGUCUGGGAGUGAUGAAAUGGCAUUUUUUGGAUCUAAUUCCACUUUUGCCAGUCUCCAAAACCACGAUACGAUCUCUAUGGCUGUGAUUGAUCGAGUAAGUGUUGUCCGACAUUUUCUUAGUUGUUGUCCUCUGGGCUCCACAUUAUUUCACAACUUUUGAUUCAUUUGGUAGGCUGGGCGCAUAGCAGUUGGAACUUCAACAAAUGGUGCUACAUUCAAAAUUCCCGGAAGGUACAUAUUUAUGAUGUAGAUUUUGUAAAUGCAACUUUCAGCCAAACAUUCCUUGGAAAUUUCAACUCAAAUUAGCAGUUUUAGAGUAGAAGAUAAGCAUGAAUGUGAUGGGUUGAAGUGUCAUCUUGCACCUCAAUUUUGAUUGCCCUGCUCAUUAUUUUUUGUUUCAUUACUAGGAUUACAGUUCUUCUAGAUUCUGACGUAUUGGGGUCAAGGCGAUGGAUCCUACUCUUCCAUCUCACUUCUUUUUUCUUUUCUUUUAUCAUAUCACAUCCAUGAAUUGCUUAUUUCUACUGGUUUUUCUUCUUUUACUAAGGAGAGUCUGGAUUUCAGAGUAGGUGAUGGGCCCAUAGCGGGCUCUUCGGCAUACGCUGAUGAUGAAGUUGGUGCAUGUGGUGCUACAGGAAAUGGUGAUAUCAUGAUGCGAUUUCUUCCAUGGUACAUCCAUCCCCCCAACUCCGUCCUUUUGUAGAAUAAUAUAUACUAUGGCUAUCUCUGAGCAGACUGGCCUCAUAAAGUGUUUUUUUCAGCUAUCAAGUCGUCGAGAGCAUGAGGCAGGGGAGGGACCCUGAGCAUGCCGCCUCCAAUGCUAUGUCACGGAUCGCCAGAAAGUACCCGAACUUUGUUGGAGCUGUUUUUGCUGUCAACAAUAAGGGAGCUCACGGAGGAGCCUGCCACGGAUGGACGUUUCAAUACUCUGUGAGGGCUAUUGGCAUGCACGAUGUGGAGGUCUUCACAGUGAAACCUAGGGAUGGUGGCCUCCACCAUCCCAUUUAG